CGCGGGGAGGCGCGGCAGCAUGGAGGAGCUGAGCAGCGUGGGCGAGCAGGUCUUCGCCGCCGAGUGCAUCCUGAGCAAGCGGCUGCGCAAGGGCAAGCUCGAGUACCUGGUCAAGUGGCGCGGCUGGUCCUCCAAACACAACAGCUGGGAGCCGGAGGAGAACAUCCUGGACCCCAGGCUUCUCCUCGCCUUCCAGAAGAAGGAACAGGAGAAGGAGGUGCAGAGCAGGAAGAGAGGCAAGCGGCCACGGGGCAGGCCCCGGAAGCUCACAGUGAUGUCCUGCAGCCGACAUGCCAAGCUCCAGGAGCCCACUGCACCCUCUAAGUCCAGCAGCUCAUCCUCCUCGUCCACCUCGUCGUCCUCAUCCUCGGAUGAAGAUGGUGACAGCGACCUGGAUGCCAAGCGGGGCCCUCGGGGCCGUGAGACCCACCCCGUGCCUCAGAAGAAGGCCCAGAUCCUGGUGGCCAAGCCCGAGCACAAAGACCCCGUGCGUAAGAAGCGGGGCCGCAAGCCGCUGCCCCCCGAGCAGAAGGCGGCCCGCAGACCCGUGAGCCUGGCCAAGGUGCUGAAGACGGCGGCGCGCAAGGAUCUGGGGGCCCCGGCCAGCAAGCUGCCCCCGCCACUCAGCGCCCCAGUAGCCGGCCUGGCAGCCCUCAAGGCCCACGCCAAGGAGGCGUGUGGCGGGGGCAGCAGCAUGGCGUCCCCCGAGAGCCUGGCCAGCCUGAUGAAGAGCAUGGCCGGGAGCCCCAGCCGCGGGGGUGUGAGCUGGCAGAGCUCCAUCGUCCACUACAUGAGCCGCAUGAGCCAGAGCCAGGCCGCCAGCAGGCUCGGCCUCAAGGGCCCCAGCAAAUGCGGGCUGGGAAUGGACCUCAAGGUGCGGACGCAGAAGGGGGAGCUGGCGGGCAGCACCCUGGGAAGCAAAGGCCCCAAGGCCCCUGGUGGCAGCGGGGCCGGGGAGCAUAAAGGGGCCGCUGCUGGGGGAACCCCCCACGUCCACGGUGGUGGUGGCAGCGGCGGCAAGACCCCUGCCCGGUGCCCUGGCCCACAGCCCAGUUCCACCCAGGAGCUGAGUCUGCAGGUUCUGGACUUACAGAGCGUCCGCAACGGCGGCGGGGGAGCCCGCCAGGCCCUCUCUGCUAAAGGCAGCCCAGCGGCCCAAGCAGCCGUCGGUGGGAAGGGCACUGGAGGGGGGUCCGUGGCAGCGGGGAACACACCCGGGGCCCCCAACAGCUCCAGCAAGAGUGAGAAGUCUGCCAGAGGGGCUCCGGUGCCUGCCCCUUCAAGCAAGAGGGACUGUGCCCGGGGCACCCCAGGCCCCGAGGCCCCCACAGUGCCAGGAGAGGCCCGCAAGACAGCCACGCUGUCGGAGGUGAGCUCCGCUGAGGACUCCAGCAGCUCCGACUCGGACCCCGACCCAGCCUCCCCACCCAGCGCCCAGCACAACCUCUCAGUGUCUGUGCAGACGAGCCAGGACUGGAAACCACCGCGUAGCCUCCUGGAGCAUGUGUUUGUCACUGAUGUCACUGCCAACCUCAUCACGGUCACCGUCAAGGAGUCCCCGACCAGUGUGGGCUUCUUCAACCUGCGCCAUUACUGAGCCCCACGGGGCCCCACCGGGUUCCUUCCUACCUCUGCGUCUGGCCCAUCGUCCCCGCCUGCCUUGUCUGAAACCAGGCUUCUGGGGGUGAUUGGAGUCCAUCUCUCCCUCCCUUCCUUUUUUCAGGGGCUCCUAAGCCCAGCCCUGCCCAAGCUGUCUUCUGGGGGGGGCCUCGGUGCCUGCCCCCUCUGCCCUCGGACAGUGGAGUCUGAGCCCCGAGUGGAAGAAUAGUGGGUAUGGACAG